AUGGAAGAUGCGAGUACCAUGAACAAAUUGAAUGUGAAUCCUGUGAGGAGUGUGGGAAUGAGCGGCACACGGCGGCUGCGCACACAUGAAGCUAUAGCCUCGCUUACGCGGCCUCCUCGCACCUUCGGCCCUGCGCCUUCGUCCUCUUAUCACACCAUCCUUGCAUCGCUACAUGGCGUACGCGGCGUGGACAUGCUCCGGAACGCCCGAUGCGACUUCAGCUCGCUCGCGUACAUAUCGCAGGGAUUUCCUGUCGGGGUUGAUAGGUCAAACCCCAAAGAUCGCCACACUGAGCUGAAACUGGGGUCCUUCGAACCACGGGCAGAAGGAAGGCUGGAAAUGCAGCCCUUCCAGUUAUUUCUUUGUCCGACACGUAGGCACCAGCAAAUGACAAGUCGAAGAACGAGUCCAAGAGUCGGGGAAAGAAUGGCGCCGGUUCAGCGACGCCGCAAUUGGGAUCGACCACCCAUUCAUUCCCACGGGGUUUUACUGAAAUGA